UCGCAGCACAAGUUUGUCAUCAGCAGCGAUGAUAAAUGUAAACAAAUGGAAAAGAAUGAAAGAAAAAUGCAUUAUUCAUUCAUCUAGUCAGUAAAGUUGAAGAAGAACCAACAAAAGAAUAAUUUUAAGUGAGCUACGAUGGAUCCCGUAACGUACAAGGAGUAUCACGAGAGUUUCAUGCGGAAUAACAAUGGUUCGACCAUUGAAGACGUAUUCUUAACCGUGAUUCCAACAUUUUUCACCACAUUCUUGGCUACGAACAUAAUUUAUGUAGCCCAUCCAUUAGGAGUGAUCCCGACAUUUGUGAUUGAAUUCAUAUUGAUUGUGGCAUCGACCGUUCUGCAUGUAACCAUUUUGAAUUAUCGAAUUUGGGAGAUUUCGUUGACACUACUGUGUGUGACAAUAACAGCGGCCGUGAAGCAAAUCUAUGGUCGAAUUCAUAUUGCACCAUUUGUGCAAGUGCCAUGCCAGCGACCGGAAUACCUGAACUUAUUUCGUGCUGCCAUCAACCUGUUAACGGCCGUUUGUAUACUGGCGGUGGACUUUAAGUGUUUCCCACGAAAAUUGGCCAAGACUGAAACGUUUGGGUUUGGUUUGAUGGAUACUGGCGUAGGUUUUUAUGUGUUUGGAAAUGGUUUAGUGGCACCUGAAUUAAGCAAAGCCAGUGAAAGCAGCCGAUUGACAUGGAAGAAGUUGGAAAAAACGAUAAUAGGGUGCUUACCGUUGGUGGUCUUGGGCGCUGUUCGAUUUGCUGCGACAAAUGAAUUGGAUUAUCAGCAGCAUAUCAGCGAGUAUGGUGUUCAUUGGAACUUCUUCUUGACACUCGCCUUUACCAAAUUCUUUGGUUCCAUUUUAUUGGGUAUUCUGCCACAUUUUGAAUAUUUAAAAUAUUUAUCAAUGGUGUUGCUCUUUGCACAUGAGCUUUUCUUACAACUCGGCGCCGCCGAUUAUAUCAUCGAUCCGAACAACCAAAUCAAACGUGAUAGUUUCCAGAAUGCCAAUCGAGAAGGGAUCUUUUCAAUACCUGGCUACGUGUCAUUGUACUUGGCCUCGGUGUACAUUGGAUACAGGCUACGAAAAGAAGAGAGUGUCCCGGAAAAAAACAAAAAUGACAUCGUUUUUACCAAUAUUCGUCAAUUAUUUUGGAAAACCGUGCGACUGUUUUUCGUCGCUUUGAUUCUGUGGAAAAUUACAUACAUUCUGAAGAAUAUGUUUGGUGUGUCACGUCGCAUGGCCAAUAUGGGCUAUGUGUUUUGGAUGUUAUCAAUUGGAACAACAGUCGUCGUUUGCUUUAUGCUACUGGAAAUUUUCUACUAUUUCCGAUCUUUUGACCGUCGAAACGUCGAUGACGGUGAGAAAGAGAGUUCGGAAAAACGAAACUACGCACCAAUCAUCUUAAACGGCAUCACUUAUAAUGGACUCGUUUUUUUCUUGCUCGCAAACCUGAUGACUGGCAUCGUCAACCUUUGUUUCCAGACACUACUUCUGAACACAGCACAAGCAUUGGUCAUUUUGUUUGUCUACAUGUUUGCUCUUUGUUCAAUCAGCACAUUCCUGUAUUUAAAGAAAAUUAAAUUGAAAGCUUGGUGAUUCAUCAAUUUUAAGUACUUUUCACUGAAGCAGUUUUAGAGAAUUAUUUUUAAGGGAAUUUUAGUGAAAAAAAAAAUUAGACCAAUUUUGAGCGAUUUCCCGUAGAUCGAGUGUUAUCAAUAAGUAAAGAGUUGAACAAUUUAAAAUUAUUUAGAAAAUUAUUGAAUUAGACGUGGAGAAAAACGUUAUACAAAUACAUCAAUUAUUUAUUAUUAAUUUUUGCUUUAACAAAAUGACGAAUAAAACUGGUAAGAAACCAUUGAAUGAAAUCAGAAUAAAUUUUGAAAAAAACGUUGGACGGAACCAAACAGAUACGAAUAAGUUACCAAUUAGAUACAAAAUAUUAAUACAAAUGAUAGCAACAGAUAAAGACACAUGUAUCGCAUUGAA